AUGGAUUCGUCAGGAAAUGUCUCAACGAUCGAAAAAUAUAAACAAAUCCGAUUUAUUAGGGCAAAUCCAGUUACUAAUGUACAAGCUUCUAUACCGGAAAACUCUUCGAAGCCAACCACUUGCGGCGAGGAGGCACGAUCAUUCUACGAAACUUUGCUAGCUGAACCGUCUACUUCAACAGUUCCGGACAUCCGGAUGACUGCACAACUGGAAAGGACCAGUAAACGUUCCCGAAAGUCAACAAAGCUAUUAAAUGAUAUCUCGAAGAAACAGGAUAGUGUUAGUGUAAACUUCGAGUCACUUUUUAAGGAUGCUGCAGAUGGGAAUUUACAAGGUGUUAUGGAUUAUUAUUGUAAAAAAGGAAUGGAUACCAAUGUAUCAGAUCAAUAUGGUUGGACUGCAUUGAUGUGUGCAAGUUAUGCAGGUCAUUUGCAUAUUGUUAAAUAUUUGUUAUCGGUAGGAGUGAAUAUUUCAAAGCGCAGCAAAUCAGGUGAAACAGCUGCAGACUUUGCACUGAAAUCUGGACAUCAUGAAAUAUACCGAUAUAUUACUUCACAUGAAAAGGAACAAUUCGGGAUACGGUUCGAACCAUCUCUGCGAAAGAUAAAAAGAUCUAGAAAAGCUAUGGAUGUUACACGUUUUUGUGAUGCCUGUCAGUGUACUUAUGUAGGAGAAGCUCAUUUAAGCGGUAUAGCACAUCUUUUGGAAACCCGAAAACCGGUGCUUGAUCCGGGCUAUGGAAUUCCAGAAUGGAAUAAAGGUUAUCGUAUUUUACGGAAGAAUGGCUGGGAUGAAUUUGAAGGAUUAGGUCGUAAUGCAACUGGUCGGCGAUAUCCGAUAAAAACAGUGUUGAAGAGAGAUAAGCUUGGUUUGGGUUGUGCUACAGCUGAUACACCUAAAGUGACUCAUUUCAAGGCUAAUGAUGUAAAUGCGGUGAAAACAUGGCCCUCGAAAAGAAGGAAACAAAUGACAAACCAUAGAAUACUUCAUGAAAAGAUUCUUGAGCGUCGAUUUAGAAGUAUGUUUAGGGAUGACUGA